UCCACAUGUUUCAUCAAUAUCUUGGUAUGGAGUCAGUGGUAUAAAUCGUUUCGGAUGCAGGCACUCGAUAAUUUGUUCUAGCGGUUAAUCAAACAGCUCUUUUUUUUUCUUCCGAUGUCAGCGAAGUUCCAAUCAGUCCAUUUGUGAUUACUGACAAAUUCUGACGUACAAAAAGAUUAAAAUUUUCAAUUUUCAAUUUAACCUGAUAGUUAGAGAUAAGAAAAGCAAUUUAGGGAUAAGACUUAAGAUUUUUCCAAGUUGAUUUAUACGAUGAAAUCUCUAAAAAAGCAAUUUUGUUCUCUACCCAGGGAAAUACGAUAUUACAUCGUUCUGAUUGCGAUAUUGAAGGAAAAAAUAGAAAGGAAGGAAGGCCUUAAUUAAAAGACACGAUAAACAAAAAAGACAGAAACAAAGGAAUGAAGUUUAAGAAUGAAACAGUAUCUUCUUCUUUAUCUUCUUCUUUUUUCUCUCUUAAAGAAGAACAGAUUUCAAUUGGAUUCAACGCCAUGUCGAACGGCCAAGACCGCCUUGCGCUAAGCGUAGCGCGAAGAGAUAAUGUCUUCGUUGUGGUGGAAGCAACAAUACUGAUUUUGGUGGACAUAACAGCUCUGAUCGGAAACAUUCUGGUUUUUGCUGUAGCCUAUAGAAAACGCCGUCGUCUUACCAUCACAGACGUGUUAAUCGUCGCACUUUCCCUGACGGAUCUACUGGUAGCAAUCUCAGUGAUGCCACUGUCAGCAGGAGCGAUCAUCACCGGGGUUUGGCUUUACCACCGAUCUGUUUGCCUUUUCCAAGGAUUCUGCGUUAUAACGUUUGCCACUGCUUCACUUAAUACUCUCUCUGUCAUUGCGAUUAACAGAUAUUUCUGCGUCGUGAAGCCUAACGACUAUCGAACCGUGUUCUCCAUGAAAAGAACACUCGGCUACUUGGUGAUCGUGUGGCUGCUGGCGUGCCUUUUUUCAGUUUCUACUCUGCUGUUUGGUAGCGAAGACUACGCAUUCCAACCCGGAAAAGUUCUUUGUGUGUAUCCCUUCGAAAUAAACAUCGCUUAUACCGUUUGUCUCGAUGUUAUGUUCAUCGGUGUGCCAACAGCAACCAUUGUCCUCUGUUAUUGGUACGUUUUUAAGACGGUACGAGAGCAAAGCCGAAUUAUGACGGCAAAUGGCCAAAAUUCCGCGACCAGAGUCAACGUACGCGACACCAAUAUCACUAAAACUCUAGUAGCGGUUGUCGUCGGAUUUGCAUUAUGCUGGCUUCCCGUUUUAGUGAUGGACACCACAGACGUGGUGACAGGCACUCUUACUUUGCCGCGUCAAAUGUACUUGUUCUACACAAUCAUGGUUUUCUUGUCUUCUACGAUCAACCCCUUUAUUUACGCGGUUGUAAACAAACGAUUCAAGAGGGAGUUUUUGAAGAUUUUCCGACUCAUUCUUAACUUUCGUGAACAAGUUCACAUGCCAUCCGCGAGAUCUUCUUCCCAGCAAUAAGCAGGUUUACGAAACAACAGAAUUUCUGAGGUGUAGUCUCCCUAAACUCGCCUCUCGAGCGUUUAAAUAUAUUCUGUUAGAUGUUUUGGGGGAAAAAAUGAGGAUUGUAAUAAUAAUAAUAUACGUUAAUUGAAGCUCCGCCUUAGGGGCUUUUCAGCCACAAUGUAGACUAACUAAGCACUUGAAAAUCUUCACUGGCUGAGGGCAGCCGUGGAGUUGAACAAGGGGCAACCGAGAACAAAUGAUUAAAAAGGAUUACAGAAAUCCAGCGAGGCAUUACAUCGCAAAUACGUUCUUAAAACUUAACAGAAAAAAUGAUCGAUAGUAAUUUCCGUGUCAAUAAAUGGGGUGUGAUUGGUCUUUGUCAUACUGCGACGCGGUAGAAGGAGCUCUUUUGAUAAAAGCCACCAUUUAGCUUUCUGAAGAUUACCACUUUUCCCCUCGUAUCAGUGCGUCUACAGCCGUUAUUCUUUUUUUAAUGUUUAAAGAUCGUAUUAAUUGAGACAGCGCCGCUAAAACAAAUCUUGGCUUUGAAGAAACCUUUUGAAAAGAAUCGAUACUAAAAGACGGAGAAAAACGGUGUAAAUUCGAGACUAAUUUUGCAUGACCCUCGUAUUUUGGAGAGGCCAUACGCAACCCUUAACAUGUUUUUUUUUUUGUCUUACUUGGAUAAGUCAGCUGAACUAAAACAAUUUACAAGGACUAUAAAUCUCCUUGAUAUUUUAACAGGCAUUUACUUCAGUUAAGAUACUACAAUGUUCUCCUCAAUUGCUUAAUCUGUAACCUGUGAGGUAAUUCGAUAGAUGACCCUUUGGUGGAUAAAAAGACGACUUUUUUUCUGGGGAAGUAAUUUUAUGAGUGGUACAAAAUCAGCAGGUAUAAAACGCAGACAACCUGCUAUAAAAAAACCGAUUUAUUAAAAGAAAAAAUUAGAAGUGGAAGUUUGGAGGGGAAAAUUUGUACUUAAAGAAAUUCCAGCGCGAUUGAAUAACCAGACGGAAGUGAUACGGAACAAAACCGCGCCCUUUACUCUCAUGAAAUGCGAACACAAACCAACAACCACAGUAGAUAUAAGAGAAAGGAAACGUCGACUUCCAAAAUAAUCCAGAGGGGUUAACCGAAAAAGCCAAACAUGAUAUAUCUCUAACUUAUUAAGACUACGUUGUUGUCUUUUUGACUUUUUCUUAGGGGAUUAUAUCUUAUUUUCCGAUUAUUUUCUAGAUUAAUUUUCAAUUUAGUUUAGUUCGAUAUCUCCAGCAGACUCACUUUGUACGAUAUACAAGUUUUACAAACAACUGUAUUUCCAAGAAAUUUUAAUCAAGAUCACAAAUACGAUACAUUUAAUAAAGUAAGGUCCAGUUUGGAAGAUACAUUGUGUACUAAUCAGUAAAA